AUGGACAGAAACCACACCAGAGAGGGCUGCGAGCCAGGAGAAGAGCUGUGCGGCUGGUGCCAGCUGCAGGUACACAGCGCUGGAGCAGAGGUAGAAGCAGUCGUGGGCGACAAGGACAAGACAGAGAGGGCCGAGUUCAACGCCCAGCUGCAGGCGCGCAGGAACUUGAGCCAGCAGGAGAGGGAGCUGGCGUCGCGCAAGCAGCAGGAGGUGCAGAGGCUGGAGGAGAUGCUCGAGUCUUGGAAGGCGUGCUGCCAGUGGUGCUAG